GAACAGGCUUGGCCCUUUUUUGGAAUGUUUAUGGAGAAAUUAUUAAGAACCAACAUUCAGCCUGCUGUCCGACAGUCCAACCCCGCUCUGAAGACCUUCACCUUCACCAAGGUGCACUUUGGACACGUGCCCCUGAGGAUCACUGGGAUGAAGGCUUACACACAUGAGGUGGAUCAGAGAGAGGUGAUUCUGGAUCUUAAUAUCAGUUGGUCUGGAGACGUGGACAUUGACGCAGAUGUGAAGCCUCCCAUCACCGCCGGAGUGAAAGGGCUCAAAGUGGUUUUUCGACAUUUCCUGUGA